CGAAGCGAAACGUACGCACGUCGCGCUGUGAUUUUCACUGUAAUUUUUGCAUUUAAAAACAGCCGAAAACCGAACGCGUGUGCUUGUCUGUUUCGACGAACUUGUGUCUGUGUUUGUGUAAACGACGUCCCAGCAGCACGCAAUAAGAACGAAAAAGCGAAAAGAGACAACGAGGACUACGUCAAAGUUGGAAGAAGCAGAACCAUACACUGCGCAUAGAAAUCACAAAAAAUAUUAAAAGCGCAACAAUUUCGGUUUUAAGCAUUUGAACUAAAACAUAAAAAAAAUAAACUGAAAAAUGACUGAGGUAGAGCAACCGCCACAAAACGGCAUAGAUCCAACCGCGGGUGAGGAAGAUGAGAACAGUAAAGCACGUCCCGCGGACAUUGAACAGGACAUGCGGGAAAUGGAGCGACGCAAGCGUGUAGAGGCCAUCAUGGGAUCGAAGCUGUUUCGUGAGGAACUGGAGCGCAUUGUGGACUCGGCACGCGAGGGCGGCGCAGGUGCCAGUGGCAUAUUGCAGCACUUGUCUGAUAUUGUGGGCGUGCCCGUUAACCGAGUAAGCAAUGUGUUCAAGAGCAGCAGCUGCAUGGUGCCUAUCAACGAUAUACGCGGCGUGGAAUCGAUGGGCUAUGCCAAGGGCGAGAAGAUACUCAGGUGCAAACUUGCUGCCACAUUCCGGCUGCUAGACCUGUACGGCUGGACACAGGGUCUGGGCGCACAGAUCACGGCCCGCCUAAAGGUCGAUCAGGAGUACUUUUUGGUCAAUCCGUAUGGACUGUUGUACCAUGAGAUCACCGCCUCGUCCCUCAACAAAGUCGACAUGCAGGGCCAGAUUGUCGAACAGGGCACCACCAACUUUGGGGUGAACAAGAGCCACUUUGUCUUGCAUUCGGUGGUUCAUGCAGCGCGUCCCGACAUCCGUUGCGCCAUCUAUAUUGGCUGCAGUCCCGUGGUGGCCAUCUCCUCGCUGAAGUCAGGCCUGCUGGCCCUCACCAAGGAUGCCUGCGUGUUGGGCGAGAUCAGCAUACACGUUUACACCGGUUUGUUUGACGAGGAUGAGCGCAACCGUUUGGUGCGUAACCUGGGUCCCAACUCUAAGGUUAUGCUGCUGGCCAACCAUGGCGCCCUGUGCUGCGGCGAGACCAUCGAGGAGGCCUUCUUUGCUGCCUGUCACAUUGUGCAGGCGUGUGAAACGCAGCUGAAGCUGCUGCCAGUUGGCAUUGACAACCUUGUGCUCAUACCUGAGGAGUCGCGCAAGCUUAUCUAUGAGCAGUCGCGUCGCCCACCAGAGGACUUGGAAAAGAAAUUUGCCGCCAUCACAACUGAUGAGGAUGGCGCCGCUUCCAGCAAAGAGGAACCUACGCCUAAGAUAGGCAGUCCGCCCAAGUGGCGUGUGGGUGGUGCGGAGUUCGAGGCACUAAUGCGGAUGCUCGACAAUGCCGGUUAUCGUACUGGGUACAUUUACCGCCAUCCACUGAUCAAAUCGGAUCCGCCAAAGCCUAAGAACGAUGUAGAACUGCCACCAGCUGUGUCCUCAUUAGGCUAUCUGCUUGAGGAGGAGGAGCUCUUCAGACAGGGCAUCUGGAAGAAGGGCGAUCUGCGCAAGGGCGGCGAUCGCAGUCGCUGGCUUAAUUCGCCCAAUGUUUACCAGAAGGUCGAGGUACUGGAAACUGGCACUCCAGAUCCCAAGAAAAUCACAAAGUGGGUAGCCGAAGGUUCGCCCACCCACUCGACGCCGGUGCGAAUCGAGGAUCCGUUGCAAUUUGUGCCAGCUGGAACCACAACCAAGGAGUUCAAGCGGGUCCAACAGCAAAUCAAGGACAAUCGACGUGCGGACCUGAUUUCCGCUGGCCCACAAUCGCACAUACUGGAGGGCGUUACCUGGGACGAGGCAAAUCGCAUCAAAGAUGCUACUGUCUCGCAAACUGGUGACCAUGUGGUGCUAAUGGGUGCCGCCUCCAAGGGCAUCAUACAGCGCGGAUUCCAGCAUAAUGCGACAGUCUAUAAGGCGCCCUAUGCCAAGAAUCCCUUCGACAAUGUGACAGACGAUGAGCUCAACGAAUAUAAACGUACCGUGGAGCGCAAAAAGAAGAGCAUUCAUGGCGAAUAUACCGACACAGACUUUUCGGAAUCGGAGGCCCUCAAUUCGAUGCAGGCGGCGGGUGCCCAUGCACAUGCAAAACACGCACAGAGUGAGCCAGAAACGGAACACCAAGUCAUACAGAUUCAAACGCAGCAGGCGCCCAUUCCCAGCCAGGCUGAGGUUGUGCUGAGUGAUGAAACUGAAAUUCAAGAAACUGAUCCUGAUACAGUCAAAGUCCAGACGUCGAGCGAAGAAAGGAAGAUCGACUUAGUCUACGAUGAGCUGGACAAGGAGAACCAGAACCAGAAUCAGGGUCACACUCAGAACGAGAGUGUUCCUGCCUCGACUAGCAAGUGUCGUCGCGAUUUGCUCUCCGCGUUUACUAAUCCCAACUCUACUCAAAAUUCUUGUCCCAGUCCCUGUCUACAUACCCAACACGUUGCUGACUUGACACAGAAACCCGAGUCCCUUGCGCCGCCAAAAGUCCUUCAGGGAGAGUUUUAUUCGUACGCGUAUGGGGCUGGUCCUUUGGGUCGCUGCUGUCAGCCGCAAAUCUGUUCUGUUCUGUUGCACGCCCUGCACUCGGAACACCUGCAAAACAUGGCCUACUAUCGGGGCAGCGGUAAUCGUUCGAGCGCCACGUCCAGCACGGGCACCAACAACACCAACGAAUCAUCUACCCCUCGUCGACCACUGCAGCUGGCCAAUGGGCUGCCGCCUCCUUAUCGCACGCUCUCGCACUUUGGCUUCAAUUCGCCGCGACAGCCGCCGCGCACCGAACACCGGCAUUUGCCGGGCGGAGCGGAGUGCAUCCGCUAUCGGCCCAUGCAGCGGGUCAUCAGCUACGAGGAGAUCUUUGCCACACCACGCUACGAGCAGCUGUGCCAGUUCUGCUUUGAGCAGCUGCUGCGCCUCAAGCCAGAGCUGCAGCGCCGCAGUGCUGCGAGCAGCAGUGGCGAGGAGCCCGAGGAUCUGAUUAGCGGCUCUGGCAGCUAUCCGGCUACGCCCCGAAAGCUAGCUACUCUAACGGAGCUGAACGAUGAGGAGGAAUUCGAGGAGCAGCUGUUCGAGCGCGCACCACUCACAAGCGUGCGCUGCCAUGUCAGCACUCAGACUAGCUCCAUUUUGAUGAGCAGCAAUUUUCUGGCACAGAUCGAACGUCUCAACUUCUCGGAGGAGUCCACCAAUGUUAACUACGUGCCUGGUAUCCAAACGAUUAGCAGCGAUAUUAGUUUUCGCGGCGUGCAGACGCCGACGAGUCCGCCGGCCAGUGCCACGAGUGCGCCACCUUCUGCGGAUAUGCGACGCCGAUCUAUUCCAACUGAUCGUGAUAAGACCACAACAGACCUGACGGAGGUGUGGAACUUUGGCAACUGGCAAGAGCAAGCACAGCAGAACGAGACAGCCCAAGCCCAACAACCACUCACCGAGCGCCGCAUUACUCUCGAGAUUACCCAACAAUUUGGUGCCAAUUGCGAGCAGAACGAAGUUCAGGCUACGGAUCACAAGGAGCUAGACCAGCAGGCUGAGCGCCAGCUGAUGACGCGUGAAGAGCGUCAGCGUCGCAAGCUGGAGUUCCAGGAGCUGUGGCAGGAUCACGUACAGUACUUUGGUGCCAAGGAAGAGAUGGAGCAUGAAGUUCCAGCAACUCUAGAGCGUACGGUGACAAUGUCGCUGGAAGCAGGGGAGGCUCAGACAUUGAGAACAUAUGGUUGGCUGAGGCAGCCAAUUCAAGGCGAAGAUUCGAAGGAGAAAGUCCAGGCAGAUUUAGUGUGCGAAGAGCUACACAUUGACCAGGGGUCAUCCUCUAGCGACAGACAGUCGACCCAAUCCUUCAGCGGCGAUGUGCAACACCAAGCAGCUGCCGAGAUUCCGAAAAUAUUGCAAGAUUUCGAGCAAAGUCUAUGCGUGGCGGGUCAGAAUUUAGAAAAACUGGUGGCCACUACAAAAAAGCUGCGAGUGGUAGGUGUGCGAGAUGAAUUCGGCUCAGACGAAUCUAUGGAGAGCGGAUCGCUUUUUCGGGCAAUCAGCUUGGAGAAUAUCGCCGAUGCCGACGAUACAGCUUCAGUUUCCGAGCCUCAACGCUUUCAGCAGCCAAACUUCAGCACAGAUGAGGAAUUUCCCGAGCAAGGGGAAGAACCUCAAGCCGAAAUCGAUCAUGAGGAAAAGCGAGACGAUGAAAAACCGGUAACACCCUUGCCCAGUGUAAACCAUAAAGACCAUGUUGAGUGCGGACAUAUUGAUGAAAAGGAUGUGGAUGAGAAUGAGGAAUACAUAGAUAUUGGCGAAUCGGAUUGUCGAGCUGAAGUUUCGCCGUCUGCAGAGCCAACAACUAAAGAUGAGCCGGCGACACCACACAGGGAAUGCACCUCGACCGAAAACGACAUUUUCUCGCCAUUAGAGCGCGAGAUACUAGAGCGGAUCCAGGCGAACAAACUAAAGGAAAGGGAGUCCAUAUUCGGCAGGAUUGAUGAGAGUAUACGCAAUAAGCUAACGCCCUGCAAGCUGCAACGCAUGGUCACCGGCGCAGAGGAAACCUUUCAAACAUGCACCCAUAUCUACAGAAGCCCACCCACAGCAACUCCCACCGGUGGCGAUAUACCUCAUCUUUUCCAGUUCAGUAGCGAGCCGCGCCCAUCCUCCUUCUCCAUGCACAAUAUUAACGCACCUGCGAGUUCCUCGGCGCAUGUUCAUGUGAUUACGGCAAAGACGCCACGCUUGUCUUGCUCCUGGGAAAGCUACCAGGGUAGCAGUAGGUCGUCUUCACCGACAUCUCGACCCUCGCUGGAGCGUACCAUAUCCUCCACGACAUUUGUGUUCCGUAGCAGUCCACGCAAGAAGCGCAACUUUAUUCAGGAGAACAUACGCAAUGCCGGCAAACCCCGCGCAAUCUCCAAGUCCUCCAUAAACUCACCCGCAAGGUUAAGGCGUGGUCUGGCCAAGACUAGCGAUGCCUUGUCCGUGUGCACGUUCCAGGCCGAGCAACGGGGCAGUAGCGCUCGUCUGUGGGUCUCCCUGCCGUCGACUCCACGUGGCAUCAGCGGUCAAAAGCGCCGAUCAGUAAGUCCAAAUCAGGUGCUUUAUCCACUGAUUCACUCCUCCUCCACGUCCUACGCCAAGCGUCGCAAACCCCUCGCAAAUCAGACACCUACACUAAAUCGCAGCCCACGUCCCAUCUUGCAUAAGACCAUAUCGAGUAGUACAUACUGUACGGACUCGACUGGAUCGCAGCAGGGCGGUGUCUUGAUGCAGAACCCUUCCAGCACCACUUUUGAGUUGGCAAACACGGAGGAGGACCAAAUUGCAGCGACAUCCCUUGUCUUAAGGUCACCAGAAAACCAAAACAAUGCAACGGGCAGCUCCUUGUACUACAGCGCCGACGAUAAUACGGUUGUCGAGGUGCAGGAACUCAAUCUUGUCGUUCUCGCCAAUCAGAGGAAUACUACGGAGCAAGAAAUGGGCAGGCGAAUGUAUGAUAAUGAGAGCGAUGAAGCAUUGCAGCCACGAUUAUCCGCCGGUGAGACAACCGAAAACACAAGUCAAGCUGCAACUGCUGAUAACCAGGAGGUAAGUGAGGUGAGCGAUAGCACGGCAGAAGUAUACACCGGAAAUACGGAUGAGUUUACAGAACCUUCACAGACGACGACAGACAGGCCGGAGGAGGAGACUAUGGAUCCUUCCUCCGGUAACGUUGAGACGGGCACCAAUGACACGGACAACGAGAGCGAAAGUGAAAACGAGCCCUCGGCAGCAGCUUUUCAAGAUCCACAUGCAAAUAGAAAUUCCAAUAGAUUAAACAGGUUGGAGGUUACUUCCACAAGCAGCUUGCCAGAUGGUGGAGAAAGUCUGAAUGAGGACACAGCUGAAAUGGAAGAACAGAUGACUGAUGAGAACUCUGGAAGAACUGGAUCUCAAGAAUUUGAUGCGUCCAACGAAUCAGUCAAUGGAGUCCCCGAUUCCGACAAAACAAAUGUCAAUGGACAAGCAGUUCCCAAUGCAGGUGAUACAGCUGAGCCAGGAGCUCCAGCAAAUGAGUCUAAUGAAUCCAAAGUUAAGUCGGCCCAUAAACCUGCUGGCAAUUCUGAGGAGGAGCUGGAAGGAGGAUCAUCGGGCUUUUCGCUUAGCUCAAAUCGCGCCAACUUUAAUCUAAGUCCCCAAAAUAAUUUUCUACGUAGCUUUUCGUUCUACGACUCCGACAGCUCAACAGAUGGAGAAUGUCUGCUAAAGACGCAGCACGAUUUACAGUCAUCUGUACAGGAUGACACUGAGGAUGAUAACAAACCCAACACCUCGGCGGCGGCGGCAACUAGCAAGAAGAAGCGCAAGUCUGGCGGCAGAGAUGACAAUGCAUCCAAGAAGUCUGACGAGGACGACAUAGUUGUAUUAGAUACGCAGUGCACGCUAACAGAUGGAACACUCCAUCUCACCGACGAGUCCUUGGACGACAUACAAGUUCCACGCGGUGAAGCGGGUGAUGUGAAUAAGGCAAAGCUUUAUCAGCCGUUUGCCGAAAACGACAGCUGGAAUAUAUUUGAGGUAGAAGGUGACGAGGAAGAGGUGGAAGAGGAUGAGGAGGACGAGGUAAACGAACGGCAGUCAGAUGCGUUUGAGCCAAUAGCUGAAAUAGCUUCCAUGGCAACAGACAAUAUGAGUCCACAGAAUGUUGAAGAGUUUUCGAUUGAGGUCGAGCUGCCACUGGGCCGCUUAAAUGAAUAUGGGCAGCUGGAACUGGAACUUGACACGCGUUUGCUCUUUGGUGGCAGAUCAGGUUAUGCGGCAAUUGAUUCCCAUCCAAUCGAAUGGCCACUUAAUGGUGUUUAUGACUUUGGCCCCUUUGUUGUGGAAUUGAGCGAUGAGCAGCCAGAACUCGUGCCUGGCAGCGACUCGACGCAAUCUCUAGAAGUAUCACAAAAUGAAAAAAACCAAGCUGUGGCCCUCGAACAAGAAAUCAGAACCGACUUGGCUCAACCUGAGCCCAAAGAGGAACAGCCCCCUUCGCACGAGUAAAACUAUUAUUUUCAAGAAGUAUUUUCCCAAUAUCUGGGUUGAAUUUGAGUUUUCCAUUAAAUCAAAAGGCUUUUCGGCUCUUUGCCACAUCUGUGCCAAGUCAGCAGACAUGUUAAAAGUCCCUAUCUACUUUUUAAAAAAUAUACAUUUUUCUUAAUUUUACUUUAUUAUUGUACUUACACUUGGCAUGCGCUUGAACUGCACCCAUAUCUUUUUUUCACACAUACUAAGCCUAUAAAAAAUA